UUUGUAUUAUUUUAGUAUAGAACCCUAUCUUCUGUUAUCAUGUUUGAUAAGAUUUAACAAUAUUCUACGAAAAUUAAUUAGAUAAUACAUAAUAAUAUGCAACGACUUACUUACCUACAUACAAUUUGCAACAGUACGCUCUAGUCGCGCCGCGAAAACAGACGUUGAAAUAGCUCUAACAUAUUCGAAAAUGGCAAGGUAUACACCUGUAAAGCGUGAAGUAGAGUAUAACCACGAUGAUUUAGAAUCAUGGAACAGACCGUCAACAUCCACUGACAAUACUGUGUUUGAAUCAGAGAUGAGUCCACCGAGCGAGGAAGUGUCCCUUAUAGUUAAUACAAAAAAUGAAAUACUAACAUACCAAUUGGAAAAAUAUAAACAUAAAAUUCUUGUUAUUUUCAAUCAUGCAAAAUUUGAUUGUAACCUAGAAUCUAGACAAUCAACUAAGCAUGACGUCGACGCUUUGAAGAGGACAUUCAAAAGAAACGGAUUUAAAGUGAAAUGUUACGAGGACAAAACAGUACAAGAAAUUAAGAAUAAAUUGAAAAAGUUUACGGAUCCGAAAAGGAAAAACUUCACUGAUUACGGGUGCAUAGCGGUGGCAGUGCUUACUCAUGGAUAUUAUGAUGGCAUAUUGAUGGCAAAAGACAAACAAUAUAAAGAACAGCAAAUUAUUAAUUAUCUGAAAUCAAGUACCAAUAAUACAUUCAUGAAUAAGCCAAGGAUAAUAAUAAUUCAGGCUUGUAGAGGAGAAAAUGAUAUAAGAGGUGUUGGAGUACAUCAACCAGAUGUUCACAGGUUUCCGAAAAAAACAAAUUCAAAACAAGAAAGAAGUGAUUAUUAUUAUACAUUAGAUUUGGAACCAGAUAUGUUGGUGUUACAUAGUUCAUAUAUUGGAAAUACUGCUCACAGUGAGCAGUACACAGGCACGGAUGGCUCUUGGUUUAUUCAAACCCUUUGUGACGUAUUUGAUAAACGUGCAUCCACUGAAGACUUGACAUCAAUGAUAACGGAGGUGAAGCGAAGGGUCGCUAUAGACAAGACUGAUGAGAUAGAGGAUGAGGAAGAAAAUCAAACGUUAUAUAACAAACAGAUGCCUGUGUCAACAUCUACGUUAACAAAGAAAUUGUACCUGAAAAGAUAUGAAGGUACUGACGAUCUAUGCAUUGAUACGACUUGUGACUGUAUUAGGUUAUAUUUAUACUCUGUAUUGGAAUGUAUAAGGACUUGCUGUUAUAUAAGGGAAGCUAGGAGUUUUAAUUCACUCCAUAACAUGUCAAUACUGCAACGAGCCCAAGAGAACAGUUGUCUACAAUCCCAUUCGGUUACGUCGGUGAACGAAGAUAAAACAUGAAACUUUUUUUUUUAGUCGGAUUAAUCUAACAAAUAUUUUCGUGCCAGUACUUAUAGGCGUAUUUAAGAUGGGGUGUGCCCAGUCCAGAAUUGUCUAGUGCCCACCCCAGAAGCGAGUGGAGCUUUUAACUUUUUUAACAAAGAUAUGUAUGUAUGAGAGUAUAUAAUAUACCUUUUUAGGAGCCAACCCCCAAAAUACGCCAAUGCUUGUACCGUA